GGACUGGUCAGAACUAUUUACAUGUGGAGAUUUCAGAGCCAACACUGAAAUGGAAUCGUAUCCUGAGUUGAAGCAACUGCGAAUACAUAAGCUGUUUCUGAUACUACGUACUGUAAACCGGCAUACACAUUUCCAUCUCAACAAAGUGUGAUUGAUGACGUGUUGAAAAUUGUGAAAACCGAAUUCAUGAUGAAUCCGAGGACGCUUAUAGUUGUAGGCUCAUACCUAAUAGGCAAGGAGAAAGUAUUCAUGGCAAUCGCAGAAGAAUUCGAUUGCCGCAUAUGGGCCGAGCCGAGUAAACUGAAGAUAUUCGAUUGCAUCGAAAGCAAGGAGCUGAAAAAACGCGUGACGUCAGAAGCCAGUCUGGCUCAGGUGCACGUGGUCUCCAUGGCUCAUUUGGCGAUUCACAAGCUGAAGGAUUAUCUGCGACCCUUCAUGAAGGUUUUCUCUAGAGUGGUCGCUUUCAGGCCGACUGGUUGGUGUCAUAAUAGUGGCAGUUCGUCGUCUGGCAGUUCGUCGUUUAAGCGACUAGAGUACGAGAACGUCGUGCUUUACGAGGUGCCUUACAGCGAACAUUCGAGCUACACGGAGUUGCAGAGGUUUGUACAGUUUACGAAACCGGAUAGCAUUGUUCCCACGGUCAACGUUAAUGAGAGCAGUUUGAAGGAAAUGAACAAGCAUUUUCAAGAGUUGGCUGAAUGAGACGAGUCAGUCUAGUAUAUUGGAUUUCGUGAAGGAAGCUCGAUGAUAAGAUUCAAAUCUUUAAAGAAUGCAGGCAUCAAGCUGCAAACUUAUCUGCCUCUUUUUUACCAUAGACAAAAUAUAGCAUAAGAAGAUAUCCCAUGGUAUAGGCUGUUUAUGUUUCAAGUUUCAUUCCGAAUUUUUGUUGACUGAAGCCGAUUACUGUCGACUACUGUCUAAUCUAUUGGGC